AUGCGAUCGGCCACAGCACGCUUCGAGCUCAGCCGAGCAGUGAGGAAGGGAGGUACGACCGAACUACUAGUAGACAGUGAAUACUGAGGGUUCCGCCGUGAGCGUCGACAGACCGCAUGAGGUCGGAAUGCGGGAGAUGACAUCAAAAACCGCGAAAAUUGUCGCUAUGGGGGGAAGGAUAGCGAUGGAUUUAGAAACCAAUUAAAAACAGGGGUUUCUAAUGAUAUAAUUAAGAGUUACCACUUAAUCUACCACUAAAUCCCAGGAGGACCCUUCUCGAAGUCAAGAAUCUGAGUGUUCGGGAAUGAGACCGUUAACAGUGCCUUUAUGCUUUCCGGUGUAAGAUGGUUGCGUAAUUUCGACUUGAAUAUCAGUAACCUAGGCGAUCAUCUAAUUUCAGGCGGAAGAUUAUUCCAAAGGAAGGCAUAUUUGGAAGCAAAGAAGAGGGAGCGCUUAGAUGUAGUACAAAGAGGCGGCGGAUUCACCAUGCAGGAGUUGCGCGUGGCAUAAGAUCGAUCUCUCGGAGUGAGUAGUCUCUUAUGUGUAGUCUCGAUUCCUAAGAUCCCUCACCAGAAAUGUUAAUUUUUCCAAUUUUUCAGUUUAUGCAUCGUGCCCUCACAGAAUGCGCUCCAUCGACGCUCUUGGCGAAGCCUUUUGUAUUCGCCAUAUACUAGUAGUCUGGCCACGUCUCCCUGCCCCAGCCUCGGAUGGACUCGGAUGAAUGUAACCGACCGCAUCUGGGUUCCUAUCGACUCGAGACUGGUUUUCAAUUUCGCCACUUAUUUGCCUUAUUCAAGGCCACAUGCAGGCCAGUCCUGACCGACCCGCCUACUUACCCCUUCAUGAAAUCCGUUAUACAAUGCCAUACACAGCUGACAUUUAUUUCGACCCUGACGAUGUCCGAUUAUAAUCCAUUCUAUACCACCACAUGCAGGCCAGUUCUGCCCGCAUUUUUCAUUUCUAUUUUUUCCGAGGGGUUUUUUCUCCUGUAAAAUUAAUCCAGUCAUUUUUAAAUUUUCAUGUGGAGUUUUUUCCACUCCUCGCUUAUCAUUUUUCUUAACGGACUUCUAAUUUAAAAACUAUGUAUUGCACUUUGUACAGAUUUUGCCUACCUCGUCUAAAAUUCGCAUCUAAAUUUACUUUUACUUGCUUUGAUGAAACCUCGACAGGUCUUUCAUAAAAAUAAUAGUAAUAAUAAUAAUAAUAAUAAUAAUAAUAAUAAUACUAAUAAGAAAUAACCUGAGCGUCAUGUCCAGCAAACGUCGGUCGAAAGUAUGGUCUGGACCAGAUGCGCAAGCAGAACUCCAGUCAAUAGGAGGUGCAUCGAAGUCUCCCACGAUUAAGACUUCUGAUUGGAUAAAGAAUCUCACCAGGCCCUUGAUCAGACGGACGUCCGCCGUGGGAUCAUUUCUCGGCGGUUGGUAGACUGUCAGAACGUCGAGGCUUGGUGAACCCAGGGCUUUUAUAAUUAACCAAAUUGACUCGGAAGUACACGAAAGUUUAUUUGUUUUGUCUUAGACUAUAAGUCCGCAUUUUGCAUAGUGAGUAGGCCUCCGCCCUGACCUCCUGGCCGGUUCCUUCUAAACAGCUGCUAUCCAGGUAUAGUUAACUCACGGUUGUCCACUUGCUGAUUCAACCACCUUUCUGUAAGUGAGAUUAUAUCCGGAGAUAGGUCAGAUAGAUGGAUCUUUAGCACGUCAACUUUCGAUAACGUGCUCUGCACAUUUGUAUAUGGGAGUUUCAGCUUGUGAUCUAUGGUCGUCGGAGACGUAGCCUCGAUGAGUCUAGGAUUUUCGUCUACUAUUUCAGCUGCGCGAUCAUCCGGAUUGGGACCGUCCAAAGAAAGAAUGGUGGGCGCUGUCUGAUUUGUUUGUUGUCAAUAGCAAAAUUCUGUUCUCAUUCGCUGAGUCUCUUUAUUAGAUCUAGUAGAAGACGACGUCUCAGCCUCUCUGCUUGAGAGUAAUCCGAUUUAAAUAAAAACGCCGGGGUUGGUGCAUUUUAUUUUAAGAUGCUGAGAGGGAAUCAACUCAGUUUGUUCCUUACAGGCCAGCACAACUUUAAGAGGUUGGGGGCGUGCUGGUUCUAGCUGAUUGCCUUCUAGCUCUCCAAGACGGAAGGCUUUGUGUACUUCAAUUGCCUCAGUGGGUUGCAAGAUAUAAUUGAGAAGGCCUUGGGAAAGCCUUAGAUCUUACGAAACCCGCUCUUUAGAAGUGUUGGCAUUUGAUUCAGGGAACCCCUGAAUAACGAGACAUCGCUCUCCGGCGAAAUCGUUCGUAUUUCUUGUUGGUGUAUCGCUGUCUUGGGGACGUGGGGCUUUAAGGAUGAGAGAGAGAAAGGAAUGUUUUAUUUUGAAAAUAACUUUCAAAACUUUCAGCAAAAACGGUUCUCCAUUACACAGUGAUUACCAUAGAGAUUUACAGGUAUUGGACAAGUGGACAUAAUUAUAUAUGAAGAAAAAAGGACUUUAAGGUGCAAGAUCGAGUUUUAGUUUUUGUUUUUCAUCAUCUUUGCAGGUGAGAUACCGGGCUAGAAAUGGCAGUAUGGAAUUCCGAUAGGCCGAAGUGCGGCAACGGAUGUGGCGGAAGCAUCGACGCAUGGGGCGUAAGGAUUUCGCAGCCAUUAACUCAUUAUGAAGGGGAUGGACGGUGUCAUUCAGAAUUCGGUCAGCGAAUUGCUCCACCGAGUUGAAGUGUCGCUGCACGAUGAUAUCAACUAAAAUAUGAUAGGAAACACCAGCAGCAAAGGCGAGCAUUCGAAUGACACGUUUAAAAAUAAUUAGAUCUUUUUUAAGUAAGGCUGGAAAAAUAACUGGAGAACAAUAAAUAAUGAGUGGAAGAAUACAGCCAUCUAUGAAUCACCAGAUUAAGGACUGGGGUGUGUGAUAUGAACGUAGACGACGAAUGUAAUAAACAAGUUUUUGAAUUUUUGUUAAAAGGGUUUCCAUAUGAAGAGAGAAAGAGAGAUUUGAGGAUAAAGUAACACCUAGGUACCGGAAAGAAGAUACCUCAUUGGGAUGAAUAUCCAAAGGUUCAGGAAUGGGAGAGGGUCGCAAUCGAAACACACACUGUACUGAUUUCUGACUGUUGAGUAGGAGUCCAUUAUUCGAAGACCAUGCGGAGACGUUAUCUUAGCCAUCCUUUAAAGACUGCAAAUGAGUCAGGUUUUUGAGUGGGUGGCCUACGACCAUGUCAUCGGCAUACUUAACAUACAGGCAGUCGUUUGGCGAUCUCAAAUCACCAGUAUGUAGGGAGAAAAGAUGAGGGGAAAAGAUGGAACCUUGUAGAACUCCACAAUUGUUUGGAAGAAUAGAAGAUUUUCUCUUUCCCGACUGGACAAACUGAGUGCGGGAGGAAAAAUAAUCUCUAAGCCAGGAGACAACCCAGCUCGGAGUGUCGCACGCAGCUGCUUUGGUCAGGAGGAAUUGGCGCGGAAUAGUGUUGAAGGCAGAUGAGUAGUCGAGAAAAGCACAUGCAUAUGCACGGCAUCCCUUGUCUAAGUCUCUCAAAGCUGAAUGAACAACUAAAGCAACAGCAUCCAAGGUGCUUCGCUUUGCCUUGUAUGCAAAUUGUAGAGGAUCAGAAAAAUUGACGGAGGAGUACUUAAGGGAAUCUAAUGCAACUCGUUCAGUAAGUUUCAGGAGUACAGAAGAGCAGGCAAUAGGACGGAAAGAUUUAGGAGCAAAAGUUAAAGAUUUUUUAGGGAUUGGAGUAAUUCUUACUGUACGCCAGGCGUCAGGAAUCUUGGACUCUAUGAAGGAUAGAUUAAUAAGGUGGGUCAAGACGGGAGCUAUCUGCGAACAGCAAGACUUAAGGAGAAAAGGAGAGACACCGUCCGGCCCAGCCGCCGUUGACCCGCGAAUCAUUUUGAGAUGUUGUUCCACUGUUGUCACAGUCACAGGAGUAAAGUCACAUGGUGGUAGGUAAAUUUCGUUUGGGCGAGAAGUGGAGUCGUUAGAAGUACAGAUAAAAUUCCGAUUUAAAGAGUUUAAAUCUACGUCAAUGGGUUCAAGUAUAUUACAUUGACCAGUGAGACGCUUGAGAUUCCUCCACAGUUCAGCAGAAGGAAAAGGAGAGGAGGGGGUGGAUGAAGUAGAAAAAAGUUGACUAACGAAUAAACCGUUAUGUCUGGCAAUUUCGUUCUUUAUUAAAACAUUGAUAUCCUUCACCUUGUCACGCUGACCUAGUUUGUAGAAGGUUUCUUUGCGACGUCUCAAGUGUUUGAGGUAUGGUGAGGAGAUUCUGUCAGGCCUGACCAUAACAGUUUCAGGCGUAAGAUAAUUAGAGCAUAAUUCAGCCUUUUGUAGUGCUAGAAAAGUUGGGAUGGUACUAGUAAUUGAACUCUGCAGUAAGUGGAUCUUAUCUACGGAUGUGUCUCGAACAGUAAUUUUCCUCUCGGGUUUUGUAAGCAGUUGACGCUUAGAGGUGGAAUAAACUUUUGGAAGUCCUAGUAGCACUGAGUGAUCAGACCCGGAGAGUGGAGCUCUAUUUUUAAUACAAAAAAGCUUUGGGUAAUUGGUCAAGAUGUGAUCAAGAGGGGCAUCAGCUCGUGUAUUGAAUGAAACAAGGUCAUCAAAACCCAGAAGGGUAAUUGGCCGAAAACUCACACGGUUAAAAUCACCGCACAAAAGAAUAAGAUGGUCUGAAGAUAAUGAUGCAAGUUUUUGUGUGAGGAAGUCAAAAAACGGCCCAGAGAGCGUUCGUUUGUGGAAGGGGGGAUGAAAAUACUGACAAAUAUAAUACCCUUAAAGCUACUUAACAAAUGGGGCUUACAGAUAACAGCAAUUACAUCAAUUAAAUCACCAGAAUAUGAAAACAGGGGCUUACAAUUUAUACACCAGUCUUGAUUGACAAAAAUGGCCACUCCUCCACCUCUACUACCUGCUGGAGAUGCUCUAUCAUUUCGAAAACAACAAAAUGUCAAAGGAGUGAUAAGUUCCGAGUCAAUAUGACUAUUCAACCACGUCUCCUGAAGGCAAAUUACUCCUGUUUUGCCAUGUUCUUUGGUUGACAGAAGUAACUCCAAAUCAUGGGCUUUGUUAAAUAUCGAUCGACAGUUAGUCGAAAGAAAACCCGGGAUUGACAACUUGUUUUUAGGCUGGCGUUUAAGCGCAACUUGCCAUCCACAGCGAUGUUGCUUUCGAAAAAUUGGCCUUUGCUGAUACGAGCGUAGGAAGGCCAGCGAGGAAGGACGAGAAACAGAACAAGUUGUCAGAGUGUAACUGCUGCUGGCACGGUGAGUUCGUUGCGUUUGGGAGCGUGAGAACGCCAACGCAGGACAAUCGCAGAGACGACAAAUUGGCCGCAAAGUGCAACCACUGGAGUCAUGAUCAGGAGGCGGAAAAAUCGAUGCAGAAAUUUCGCAAAGUUUAAGCUCCUUUAAAAAGGUGCAAGCGUACUGUAAAGACAACCCCAUAAGAAUAUAUCAACGAAAACAAAGGAAUAAGACUGGGGUAUGCAAUUAACAAAUAUUCAUGUGACUGCAGGGAAAAAAACAAAAAAUGGCGGCUCAAUUUCAAAAGCCCGCCACGGUGAUAUUAGAUUGCGAUUUCAGAACAUAUUUUCUAUCGCGGUUUUGAUGAUCGACGCCAGUUUUGACUGACUUGUAGGAAGUCGGUGGCACGGAAGUUAGUGAAUGGUUGUCUUCAUAUUCGAUAAUUGCCUUAAUACUCGUGCUGGGCCCAUCCAAUCCAAAGUUUUCUCAAACUUUUGCCUGUAUUCGUGAGAACUCAUGAUACUUGGCUUAAGUUUCUUAUUUUAACAUAUUCCUGUAGAAACGAGCAAGAUUGCUUGGCAAACGAGACAUCUUUGGGUUUAAAUUGAGAUCCAAUUAGUUUGUUACCUAAAGUCAGUAAGAUGGUACGAACGUGUCCAAUUAUUAGAUCUUGGUUGUUUGGCUGUUCGGCGUCUCCAUUCUGAAUGAAAGUCCGAACUAGGGUAGUUUUCUCCUUCACCGCACCGAUCUGCAAGUCCUUCAAGGUGCGGGCAUGCCAGCACUCAACAACUCAGCCAGAAUUGGCCGAUUCGUUCGGUAGAACGAUUUUUUUUCAUUACCUGCUAGUAAUUGUUUCGAGAGCUCGCUCUCAUUCAGGCAACUGGCCCAAUAAGAUACUCGGCCCCAUCGAUUCAGUUAACCCAAAAUUUCCUCUUCCCGGGGCCGUAGCCCUUUAUUUUGCCUCAAAGGUGUUUAAAGUGCCACUUACUCCCGCAGCUGUGAUCAUUCCAAAACCAGCAUGCGAACGAUACGCAUCUAUUCUAUCUGAAGUCCAGAGCGUACUUGAGGUGCGUACGUUUUCUUUUUGGCCUUUUCAAAGCAAUCGUGCAGGCAUAACUUAAAUGUUCUUUCUGGUAUGCGACUCAAUCCUUGUCAUUGUCGUGACACAUCUUCGCAAAUCAGGGCUUGCUAAUUUGCUGGCACUACAUUCUCCACAUAUCCCGCCUAUGUGACCCCUGGUCAAUUCACAUUAUAUAUAUAUAUAUAGGGGUGUUUACAAAAUAGGAGGUUCUUCGGAAAGUCGAGUUGUACACAUGACUUUCCAAGUUGAUGUCACCAACCUGUCGUCAGAUAAAAUAAAGACAAAGGAGAAAGUGACACUACCACACUAGACCAGUCAAUGCAACAGGACAGACAUUGACAGGCAGACUAUUAGCGUGUUAGAGGGGCGCGGUAGGCAAAGGUCGCGGCGAGGGGAGGGGGGAGAGGAGAGGGGGGAUGGUAAGUUAGAGGCGGUGGGUAGUUGAAUUAGCGGUCGCUGAUGCGGGACGGGGGCAGAGUUCAGUGAGCCGUGAUCGCAAGCCUUCAUAAUGAGCGUCUAUAUCGGAGUGGCGUUUGAUGGUAGUCGUCUUAAAAUGUCAAGCUUCGACAAAUUCAUGCGCCUGUUAGGUGUUAGCCAUUACGAUCACUUCAAUACCGUCCCAGUUGAGGUAGUGGUCACAUUCAAGGGCAUACGCAGACACGAGUGACAAGGGGUCACGUCGGUUGAUGGUUCACGUGUGCUCGUCAGUGCGAGUCCCAAGGCGUUGGCCUGUAUUACAAGUGUAAAUACAAGAGCAGUUAGCGCAUGGGAUGUGGUAAAUGGCACUGGUUAGUUGCUCUUUGUGUAUGAGGUCUUUUACUCGGCAUAACGUUGCGCGUAGGGAGGAAGCGGGCCUGUAAGCGAUGAUGUCAAAGCUCCCUUAUUGUCGGGAGAUCGCUUCAGAAAUUUCUUGAGUGUAAGUCAGGAAACAGAAUUUCCGCGACACUUUAUUUCCAUUAGAAUCGAAGCUUUUUGGUCGUCGCUGAUGUCUGAGACAACCUUUUGCCAAGCUGAUCAGAUAUCUGUUGGGCCGGAAUAGCCAAUAUAAGUAGGCCAGUUCUUUCUUACUUAAGUCAUCGCUGCUUCAGCGACAAAAUGCGCGAUGGAAAAGAGUUCGGACAUAGCUCCUUUUAGGGGCCGUGGGGUAAUUGCUUCCACUGAAGUCUUUUUGGUGGACGCUUAUCGCGAGUUAGCCAUCACUGAGUCUUUGUAUACUUACGUCUGAAAGCGGGAGGGUAUUUCCUGUCACUUCUUCGCUAGUAAGCUGUAAAGCUGUGAAGACGCCAUUAAAACUUCGGUGUAGUUACUCAACUUCGCAGGUCUUUAUGCUGGUUUGAAAGUUUGCACAACAUCCUCUUCUGAUGGGACUAGCCCCUGCAAGUAACCCCGAUACUGGCGAGCCCAUUAGGAUGCCCUUAACCGGUUGAUAGUACUUGUCAUCGAACCGACAAUCGUUCUUGAAUCUCGUCCUUUCGGCCGAAUCAGUCCUGAUGACGAUUGGGCCUUUGGUUUAAGGUCCUUUAUAGUUGCAUUUCCAUGCCUUGCAGCGCACUGUAGUUUACCCCGGUGUCUUCAACCUCUUCGUCAAGUUUGGGUCCCUGUAUAAAGGGUGAUUACUACCUGAUGAUGGCCUUCGAAAGAGCUACAUAAAACUUGUCUAAGGACGUUUUCCUGAGUGCGUUCCUUAGUAAUAUUCUACAGCGACCCGUCCAGCUUUCAAUAGCGCAUUCGUCCUCGUUGCCAGUUCGACUCAGCGAUCUCCGCACGACUGUGUAGUCUACUUGUUACUGGUGAUGUCAUUAUUAUUGCGUCCAUGUUGUCUUGUGGCUAGAGAGGCGGAAAGCGGUGUUUGCUGAGAGAAGAUUGCGCUCUGCGUGAAUCUUAAAUACAUUUUAGCUGCUGCUGCAGUAACCUUCUCCGUGACGACCGAACGCUCCUUUCCGAUUGACGCGAUCCGUGCUAACUGGGGCAUUGAAAUCUCCGAGAAAAAGAAACUUGUCCGCCUCCGGUACAGAUGCGGUCCGUACGGAUCUAGGACUGGUCGUUUCCAACUCACCGGCUCACCAUUCUCGGAUUGUAUCCGCCAACGAGCUUGGCGAGUCGUUUCUCGCAUUGUCUCAUUGCCACGAUUCGGCCUUUUUACCACAUGCAUACUGGGGGAGAGGCCCGAACAGCUUAUUACGGGCGUCAUUUUGUAAUCACGAAGGUGACUCCAGUACUACGUCCUUGCAACGACCGCUCCGGUGAGUGUGUCUUGUCCCUUCUUUGUUCAGCAAUCAUUGUUGUUGACGUCUAAAACCCAUCGGUCCAAGAGAUCACGUUUUGCCCACUUCUUGGAGGCGUAACCUGUUAAAUGUGCUGCGUCAGACGACAGUUUUAUCGUCCCAAACGACGACCUCCACCGUAUUCCCCACGGUGUGGGCUCAGGACGGUGAUUUGUGCGCAAAUUAGUUUAUUGAGACAGACUUACGCGCCAUCUACCCCACUUUUUCCUCUCAGUCACAUUGAUUCGAUGGCAAGACAAUGUGGAGACGAGCGGGGGCGGCCUCGGGCGCAGGGACUAAACAGGCCAAAACUCCCGUCUACGCGUGCCACACAUGAUCUGGCUCCCACGACACGUACCAGAUCCUAACGAGGACGGCUGGAACCUUGCAUCGGUACGAGUGCCAUGGAGGCCACAUUAGGAAGGAGCCAUCGCAGCCUGACCGAGUUAUCCCGCCAGUUGGUAGUCUUCCAAGCCACGUCGUGAUACAGUUAUGCGCUGACCUGCCGUGCAGAUGGGUUCCUAGUGUCGGCCUCACUCUCUUUUCCCUCGCCCAUGCAACAGUCGACUGCUGGGAUUGGUCGCAUUGACUGGCGUGAUUUAGGGGCUUGCGUGUACGCGUAUUACCACACCCCUGCUAUGCACGUCAGUAGUUAUGGACUGCCGCGGACUCUGCGCUGCCAGAUUAGCGCAUGCCGUGAGCCAGUCUGACCCCCACCGAACAGCCACGCAUCGCAGUCCACGAAUCUUCCUAAUUUGAUGUACAAUUAACUGUUAUUUUUUUCCAGAAUGAAGUACCUGCUACUGUCCCAGUUAUUCCGUCUCUCAAAACUGACCUCCUCGAAGUCAAGGUCUAUGCAUGCCCGACCAUAUUGAAGAAAGGUACUUUCCAGAGUUUAAAGCACCAACCUGUUUUAGACCUUGAUCUCUUCUUCCCUCGCAGAGAUUUUUCACGAACAGAUCUCGCCGUCAUUACACUUUCACGUCGAGCCCAGCCGGAGGCCUCCAGGUCUCCUGAAGGACAGAAUUUUGUGGAGCAGGUAAGUUUCCGGCUGUCUGUUCCCCCCUCAUUGGUUAUACUUAGUUUUUAGAGGCAGCUAUAGACAUCAGUGGAUCCCUGAAGGAAAUGGGUUACUGGGCCGACUUCAUCGACCCGCGCACUGGCAAGCCGGUGAGUUUUUAUAUCCCCAUUAUGGCUCACAUUGAAGCGGCGCUUAGUUCGCCGCUUAAUCUCCAAUUUUUUCCCUCCCCGGUAGGCAAUCAGAUCGAGCUGCGCCAGAACCCAACUAUUAUUCUGAUUUGAUAUUUGAACACUGCAUAUGCUGUAGACCUAGUUAUUUCACCCAGCCUUGAGGCUGUGAUGGACUUUAAGAUGUGUAGGUUACACUCUUCCAGAAAGCCCACUUAUAUCCAACCGGUUUGUCCGUCUGUUUAACUGCUGCCUACCCGGCACGUGACAGGUGGCCCUCAGCGAAAAACCCGCGAGCUCUCUCAGACCUGACGAGUAGGUCGCCUGAGGCUAACAACGACAGCCCUACCAAAGCCCAGUGAGGUGAGGUCUGGCGCGCCGGCUGUCUUAUAGAAUAUCCCAAAGCCCGACGACGGCACUGAGAUAUGGCAACCGUGAAUCGUCAUUAAAUGAGCUUGCUUGCUAUAUCUGCCUUACGGUAGGGAGAGACUACACCCCAUCGGAUUGUAGUACUGAGUAUUAACUGCUCAUGUCUCUGUGAGGAGUUGAAGAUUCAGAAGACAACUGCGAAAAAGCCGAUUCCGCAGUAUUCCUUGCCCAGCAGUCUGUCAGCCCUUACCUACAAUGGAUGUUUCGGUUGCACCAUUGAAAGGUGAACCUACGGAUCCAGUUUCUGUCAAUUGCAGUCAGGCGAUCACAUGCACGACUGGUAAGGACUGCUAAUCUGGCUUUUAGCACAAUCCGAAUGAGCGGUACGUCAGCCUAUCGAGUGCAUUUUCUGGUUUGGGUAGCACCGCUUCCCGACGCCCCUCCCCCCGCGGACGCCGUGAAACUGAAGACUUACGUCGCCCGCCCCUAAUCUCCGUCUUUUUGAACGAUUAGUCAUUUUAUGUCAAACACCUAAAUGCGGUUUUCUAAGUCUGCCUUCUGUGUGUACUGUGGCAAAUCAAGAUGGUAUUAAGUGGGAACUCUCACAAGCCGACUUUUUGGCGGGAAAUAUAUCUCAGUCUCUUUGUACUCCGGAAGUGUCACAAUAACAUGUCCAAUUAUUCCACAAACAUUCCUCUGUGCUUUGAGUUGCUUGACUGAGUUAUACUCUACGAUAUUUUUCAUGUCCAAGCCAAAAUCACGUAGGAGUGCCGUUCGACGGUCUGGCCCGGUCUUAAGAUCGAAUAAGUGCAUUCUGCUUUACCCUGGGCUUCGGGGCUGGACCGCUCACAGUCGGUCGCAGAUCGACAAGUAACCAGUAAGCGAGAACGGUUUGCCAAUGGGAGCGACGGAGGCAGUAACGCCUGUUCUUUUCAUGGUCGGCUGACCUGAGAUUUGAACCGCGCGAAGGUCAGAUCUGUGUGCUGCUGCCACUGAUAUGGACUCAUUCAGCGUUUUCAUUUACAGCGGACUUUGCUGAACUUCCGUUGUUGUCUGAAUUUUCAACCUAUUCGUCCAUACUAUCGAUCCUAAGCACUGGUUCCCAAUGCACCUCGAUACAUAUGUUAACUUCUAAAAGCUUAUUACUUUCCUCCACACCAUUACUAGCAGCUUUCUAUUGCAGUUCUAUGGUAGAAGACCCCACUAAACAAGCUGGAUCCAGUUGGUAAGCCAUCAGCGCUAAUCCUAGACCGGAGGACUAGAGUCACUCUCGGAAUCAACCUUCACCACGUUCACCCAUGCCCUCAGUUAUCCAUUUUUUCAGUCAGGGCUGAGUUCGGAUGAGGUAGCUCUCCAAGCGAUUUCACCUUCAGGUCCGUGUGGCAUAUGGCCGGUUCGUCUGAGUCGGCGAUCAGGUGCAGUUUGCCGGUCUUGUUUCCCAUCAGCAGUAUAACCGGAUGUUGGAGCGACUAUUGGAGAGCUGGAUUUGAAGGGUGGACAGCCAACAUCACCAAUCAGAUACUCCCAGACUGUGUUUAUCUGCUGAACUCAUGACAGCUCGGCCGUCGCAACCGACGGCGUCCACUAUGUACCCCAGAAACGUGUCUCACUCAUAUUGGAACUCAUCAGCAGUGCAUACUCGUCGCAUGUCGUCAAUUUAUUCCCCAUGAUCCUCGGUAUCGUCACAGAUUCGGCCGAAUGUUACAUCGACUUGGUUGAGCUCUGCAUUUUACUCGACCUCUAGACUUGACGCACUUCCGAAAUGCAUGAAAGGAGCUCAGUAGACAUGCCAAGAGUAGUUGCAUAAACAAACAUUCAGUCUAUGGUGAAUAAUAGUAAUAAUAUUAAUAACGAUAAGCCGCUUAUUCUGAUACACGUGUGCCACCGUCGUUGGGAGUGCUAUUAUUGACGAAUUACCUUAUUUUUUCCUUUCAGUUUGUCGGUUUUCACAGCAAUGUCAAUGUGGCAGAAGAAAGCAGAACAGAUCGUACUCUCUCCAACUUCUCCUUUUCCAUUGACGCGGUGGGGUGUUGCCAGGUCCUGCGCUACCCCCUCGUAAGCGACGGCAAGAACUUCUUUGUAGGCACCAUUUUUACGGACGCGCCGAAGGAUCAUCCGGUUCUGCGUCAUCUGACAAGUUGA